AUGUCGUUCCUGAAUCCUCUGCCACCUAAUACAUCGCCUUCCCAGGCUCCCUUAUUGCUGCCCCCUCCUGUUCCUCCCGUUAAAAUCAACAAGGCAAAUCCAAAGACCGACCCAAUUCAGUUCUUGGACAAUGCUUUGGGUCUCAGCUCAGAUCUCGACUCCAUCGUCAGGGCAAUUCCUGCUCAGCAAACCGCUGCAAAGUUUGUAGCUGCUGGCAAAGGAAAUUACAUGACCAUGUUUGAUGAAACGGUCGCUAGAUAUCCAGAAAAGGAGGCCUUUAUCUAUGCCGAGACAGGAGCCACUUGGACUUACAAACAGUUGGAUACUGACGCGAACAAAAUGGGACAUUGGCUGCUCGAAAUGGACGUUCGUCCAGGUGAAAUUAUCCCCUUGAUGGUCGAAAACAGUCCUGAAUAUGUUAUUGCUUGGUUGGCAAUUCUCAAAGUUGGAGGUGUCGUGGCCUGUAUCAACCACAAUUUACGAUCCAACGCCCUUUUGCAUUGUUUGAAAGUUGCGACCGGCAAAAUGAUUUUGUUCCAGGACGAAUUGGGCGAUGCCAUUCGUCCACUCAUAAACGAUCUACCUGGUGUUGAGUGCCUCAGACUCGGAGAAACUCCUCUCGUUUGGUGUGAAGGAAUCUCAUUGUCUGAAUUGGCAGACUUCCCUACUGAUCCAAUUGACAAGGCUCUGCAAGAGUCGCGAACUCUUGCCGAUUUGGCUGAAUUUAUCUACACUUCGGGUACCACUGGCCUCCCUAAAGCCGUCAACAUUACACACGCAAAGUUGUUUGCCGCAUCAUGCUCUACUGCUGUUACAGGUCGCUAUCGCCCAACCGACCGUAUCUAUACGGGCAUGCCACUAUUCCAUUCAGCUGCUGGAGUUAUGGCCAUGGCCUCUGGUUUCAUGAUGGGCAUGACUGUCAUUGUUGCUCGUAAAUUCAGUGCUUCGAGGUUCUUCAAGGACUGCCGAAAGUACAACGCAACUUUCAUACAAUAUAUUGGCGAGGUGGCACGAUAUUUAUUGUCAACACCACCAAGUGAAGACGAUCGAGCCCAUAACAUCCGUGGAGCUAUUGGAAACGGUUUGAGAAGUGACAUUUGGCAACAAUUUAGAAAUAGAUUCAACAUACGAGAGAUACACGAGUUCUUUGCUGCUACUGAGAGUGUCGGCGGUGUGUCGAACUACAACGUUGACGAAACUGGAAUCGGAUCCAUUGGCAGAGUCGGUACAUUACAGAAAACAUUGUCGACGGCACGAAUAGUUAAAUUCGAUUUCGAGAACGACGUGCCAAUUCGUGGCCCUGACGGCUUCUGCAUUGAAGCCGAUUAUGACGAGCCCGGUGAAUUCUUGACGCAGAUUGAUGAAACUAAAGGAAGAGCCUUUUAUGGUUACUACCAGAACGAAAAGGGAACCAACUCAAAAGUGUUGGAGGACGCCUUCACAAAAGGUGAUCGCUGGUAUAGAUCGGGCGAUAUCAUCAAAUGGGAUCGUGAAGGGUUCUGUUAUUUCAUGGAUCGUAUCGGUGAUACAUUUAGAUGGAAGGGAGAGAACGUCUCCACCAAUGAAGUUGGAGAAGCAAUUACUACUUAUCCCAACGUAAAAGAAGCUAAUGUAUAUGGUGCGGCUGUACCAGGAAAAGACGGACGAGCUGGAAUGGCAGCCAUCACCGCUGAGCCUGGAUUUGACAUUUCAGGUCUUGGAAAGCACGUCUCGGACCGAUUACCAAACUAUGCUCUUCCAAUUUGGAUCCGAAUCCUGGAAGAGGUUGCCGUCACUGCCACGUUCAAACACCAAAAGACUACUCUUCGUAAUGAAGGAAUGGACAUUACUAAAUUCAAGGAUGUCACGUACAUGUUUAAUUUCGAGACAAAGAACUAUGAGAUCUUUGACAAGAAGAAAUACGACGAGGUCGUAUCUGGUAAAGCUAAACUGUAA